AUGAGGUCCGCCCUCCUCUCACUAUGUUUCCACCUAGCCCUAGCUAUUACACUGGCCGCAAGUGUUCUUGAUCUUGCUCAUAGUAGGCAACCAGAUCCAAAUCCAGAACCAGAGCCAACACCACAGCCGGACCCAGAGCCAGAACCCAAGCCAUUGCCGCAGCCUGAACCCUUACCCACACCACAACCAGAACCAACACCACAACCAGACCCAGAGCCAGAACCCAAGCCAUUGCCACAGCCUGAACCCUUACCCACACCACAACCUCUUCCAAAUCCACAACCAGAACCAACACCACAACCAGACCGAAAGCCAAAGCCAAAGCCUGAACCUAUACCCACUCCACAACCACUUCCAAAUCCUGAACCUGAACCUGAACCAACACCACAGCCUGAUCCACCAAACCCUGCAUCACAGCCUCAACCAAAACCAGAGCCUGAUCUUGAGGCAACACCUAAGCCUACACGGGGACCUAAACCUCAACCAUAA